GCGGCGGUGGCGGCGGGCGGCGGGGGCUUGUAACCGGGAGCUGCCCCCGGGCCCCGGGCACCAUGAGCCAGGGCCCCCCCGCAGCGGAGAGCAGCGAGCCCGAGGCCAAGGUCCUGCAUACUAAGCGGCUUUACCGGGCAGUGGUGGAGGCUGUGCAUCGACUUGACCUCAUCCUUUGCAACAAAACUGCUUACCAAGAAGUGUUCAAACCAGAGAACAUUAGCCUAAGGAACAAGCUUCGUGAACUCUGUGUCAAGCUUAUGUUCCUGCAUCCAGUGGAUUAUGGGAGGAAAGCAGAGGAGCUGCUAUGGAGGAAGGUGUACUAUGAGGUUAUCCAGCUUAUCAAGACCAACAAAAAGCACAUCCACAGCCGGAGCACCUUGGAAUGUGCCUACAGGACACACCUGGUUGCUGGUAUUGGCUUCUACCAGCAUCUCCUCCUCUACAUCCAGUCCCACUACCAGCUUGAACUGCAAUGCUGCAUUGACUGGACUCAUGUCACCGACCCUCUAAUAGGUUGUAAGAAGCCAGUAUCUGCCUCAGGGAAAGAGAUGGACUGGGCUCAGAUGGCUUGCCACCGAUGUCUGGUGUAUCUGGGAGAUUUGUCCCGAUAUCAGAACGAAUUAGCUGGUGUGGACACAGAGCAACUAGCUGAGAGAUUCUAUUACCAAGCCUUGUCCGUGGCACCUCAGAUAGGUAUGCCCUUCAAUCAGCUGGGUACCCUGGCAGGCAGCAAGUAUUACAACGUAGAAGCCAUGUACUGCUACCUAAGGUGCAUCCAGUCAGAAGUGUCCUUUGAGGGGGCUUAUGGAAAUCUCAAGCGGCUGUAUGACAAGGCAGCCAAAAUGUACCACCAGCUGAAGAAAUGUGAGACACGCAAACUCUCUCCCAGCAAGAAGCGGUGUAAGGAUAUCAAGAGGCUGCUGGUGAGCUUCAUGUACCUGCAGAGUCUUCUGCAACCCAAGAGCAGCACCCUGGACUCGGAGCUGACAUUACUCUGCCAGUCAGUCCUGGAGGACUUCAACCUUUGUCUCUUCUACCUGCCCUCUUCACCCAACCUCAGUCUGGCUAGUGAGGAUGAAGAGGAGUAUGAGAAUGGCUAUUCUUUUCUCCCUGACCUUCUCAUUUUCCGUAUGGUUAUCAUUUGUCUCAUGAGUGUUCACAGCUUGAAGAGAGCAGGAUCAAAGCAGUACAGUGCUGCCAUCGCCUUCACCCUGGCUUUCUUCUCCCAUCUUAUCAACCAUGUCAAUAUCCGGCUACAGGCAGAGCUGGAAGAGGGAGAGAACCCUGUGCCAGCCUUCCAGAGUGAUGGGACAGAUGAACCUGAGCCCAAAGAACCACUGGAGAAGGAAGUAGAACCAGAGCCAGAGCCUCCGCCCCCAGCACCCAGAGUGGGUGAGACCAAGAAGAGUCGUAAGUUCUCCCGCCUCUCUUGCCUUCGUCGGCGACGUCACCACCCACCCAAGGCUGGUGACGACAGUGACCUGAGUGAAGGCUUUGACUCAGACUCCAGCCAUGACUCAGCCCGGGCCAGUGAAGGUUCAGAUAGUGGCUCAGAUAAGAGUGAUGAGGGUGGGGGUACAGCUUUUGAUGCAGAAACAGAUUCAGAGAUGAACAGCCAGGAGUCACGUUCAGACCUGGAGGACAUGGAAGACGAGGAGGGAACACGGCCUGUGGUCCUAGACCCACCUCGGUCCAGGCCAGAAGCUUCUGAUCCCUCCAAUGGCCCAUUGGGUCCAAAUGAGGCCAGUAUUGCCAGUAACCUGCAAGCCAUGUCCACUCAGAUGUUCCAAACUAAACGCUGCUUCCGAUUGGCCCCUACCUUCAGUAACAUCCUUCUACAGCCUUCAAAUGAAACUCGGACCUCUGCUGGUAACAGGACCUGCAUCAAUGGGGACUUGGACAAACCUGAACCAGCAUCUGAUGAUGGAUCUGAGUCAGAGGAAAGUGUUUCCAGUGGACGCUCCUGUCAUAAUGAGAGGAGCAUCCAGGAGAAACUUCACAUCUUGAUGGCAGAGGGACUUCUUCCUGCUGUGAAAGUCUUCCUAGAUUGGCUUCGGACCAACACUGACCUCAUCAUCAUGUGUGCACAGAGCUCCCAAAGUCUGUGGAAUCGUCUCUCUGUGUUACUGAAUCUUCUGCCAGCUGCUGGAGAACUCCAGGAGCCUGGCCUUGUCUUGUGUCCUGAGGUACAGGAUCUCCUUCUGGGUUGUGAACGACCUGACCUUCCUACUUCCCUGCUGCUCCCAGAAGACACAGCUCUCCGCAACUUACCCCCACUCCGAACUGCCCAUAAACGCUUCAAUUUUGAACUGGAUCGACCUUUGCUCACUCCCAUGGAGGAGACUGUAGUGCGAAUCUGUUGCAUCCGUAGCUUUGGCCAUUUCAUUACCCAUCUGCAAGGCAGCAUCCUGCAGUUUAACUCUGAGGUUGGCAUCUUUAUCAGCAUUGCUCAGACUGAGCAGGAGAAUCUGUUGCAGCAAGCCCAGGCCCAGUUCAGGAUGGCCCAGGAAGAGGCUCGUCGGAAUCGACUGAUGAGAGAUAUGGCUCAACUUCGGCUGCAGCUCGAGGUGUCCCAGCUGGAGGGCAGUUUGCAGCAGCCCAAGGCUCAGUCAGCAAUGUCCCCAUACCUCGUCCCUGAUACUCAGGCUCUCUGCCAGCACCUCCCCAUCAUUCGCCAGCUGGCCAGCAGUGGCAGGUUCAUUGUCAUCAUCCCUAGGACAGUGAUUGAUGGCUUAGACUUGCUGAAGAAGGAACAUCCAGGAGCUCGGGAUGGGAUCCGAUACCUGGAAGCAGAGUUUAAAAAAGGAAACAGGUACAUUCGAUGCCAGAAAGAGUUGGGGAAGAGUUUUGAGCGACAUAAACUGAAGAGGCAGGAUGUAGACGCUUGGACCCUCUAUAAGAUCCUGGACAGUUGCAAACAAUUGACUCUGGCCCAGGGAAUUGGAGAGGAUGACCCCAGUGGCAUGGUGACCAUUGUCACUGGUCUUCAGAUGGAUGAUCCCAGUACUUUCUCCAGCUCCAUGCAGGCAGCGAUACAAGCAGCCACCCAUGCCAGUGUUGAGAUCAAGAAUGUGCUGGACUUCUACAAGCAGUGGAAGGAGAUUGGCUGAGACUACCCCCAUACCCCACACUGGGGUUGACUCCAAUCUCUCCUCCCUUCCCCUGCAGCCGGGGCCGCCAACAGCAACCAUUUCCCCAACAUACACAAACACACACACACACACACACACACACACACACACACACAGACACUCAUACAUAACAGACACACACACAGGCACGGUCCCUACCCCGGUCAUGCAGAGAGGCAGCAGGGAGGGCAAAGGAGGGGCCUAGGAGGAUGGGGUGCCCUCCCCCAGCCUAACCUGUGUCCGAAAAGAAGGGGAAGAAACCUUGGAGCAGGAGAGUGCCUCCGGUUCCUUUAAUCCUUCCCGUUUUAUUUUGCUCCAAUCGGGAAGGUCUUGGCACCCUCACCUACCCCAGCCUCCAACGUCACCCUCAGGGGGGAAACAAAGGGGAUUGUAUUUUAUUUGAUUCAAAAGCAGGAGCCGAUUGAGGAGCAUUUCCUGGACCUUUUGCAAGGAGGGGACAUCAGAGAGCCCCUCUCCUUCCUUACCCAAGAUCCAGGGCAGUGGGGGGAGGAGAGGAUGACUGGGCCCCCACCCCCAAACCCCCAGAGGUGGUGAGUUGGUUUGAAGUGGGUGUUUGGGGUAUUGUUCCCAGACCCCUGUUCCCCUUCUAGUACCUAUUCCCUUUCCCUCCAUUACCCUGAGUAGGGGUGGGGGAGCAGAACAGCUCAGGAGCCAAAAAAAAGAGAGAGAGAGAGAGAGAGAGGGGCCUACAGAGAAGGCAGAAAUGGAGCCCAGCUCCUAGGGCAGGUUGUGCAAGACUUUGGCCUUGGUUCCAGUAUUACUGCUCUAACUCCACUCCUGCCUGCUUUGUGUUCCACCGGAACUUGGGCCCCCACUUCUGCUUUCUGGCUCUCCCCAUAGCUGCUGGGGCAGGAAACUGGAGGCAGCUCCAGGAGCCAUAGGCUACUGUGUCUGACCCUCAACCUGAGCAGAGUUUCCUGUUCUAGCCUCGGCCUCUUGCUAUAACCUUUUGGCUGCUGUGUUGCGACAGAGCUGGGAGUCUGGGGGGACAGUAGUGGCUCCCCUGACACCAGAAAUUAUGGGAAGGGGGAACUUCUGCCAGGGUCAGGGCCAGGCUUCCACUCUGAGGAUUGCAGGAAAGAUUCCCUGCUUGUGUGACAAUUCAGGGACCCAGAAAUACCUGGUUCUAGAGGCUGAUUGGCUGGGGAUAAAGAAAGCCCAGAGUGGCUCCCCAACUGUCCCGGCCUCCCUUUCGCCACUGCCUCUUCAGGCCCUGAUCAGCAUGGGACUUGCUGGGGAAGGAAGUCGGUUUCUGGUUUCUUGGCCAAGUGGCUUGUCUCCCCGCAGGGUAGUUUUUGGGGUGUUGAGAUCAAGAUUGGGGUAGUAGGAGCAGAGAUCAUGGUAAACGCUCAGGGCAUCGAGGGCAGAUCACGGCAGCAAGAGCACACUGAGACACUGCCCAGGCCUACCUUCCUCCCCCUUUCUUCAUUUUCCUCAGGACCCUUGGGCGCAUGGCAGUGCCCCUUCCUUCUCACUCCCCCUCCCCUAGCUCAGUCUUCUUGGGGGCCCAGGGAGGGUCAAGUGAGUGCCCAGAACAAGAGGAACUGAAAGCAGAGAAAGACGAGUCAAGUGGGAUGGCUGAAGGGAGAGGAAGAAUCUGCUGCUCCUCUUGCCCCCGGCAGAUCCCAACACCAACUUCCCUGAUGAGGUUCCCAGAGGAGGGCACAGCUGCCCAGCGCCUCUGAGAAGCCAAACCUGGGAGAAUGGGGGCAGGAGCGGGGUGUUCUCUGACCCCACAGCAAAGACUGUAAGACUGAAACAUCACUCAAUAAAGUCCUCCUAACCCUG